UGUCACUUUAAGACAGCUGAUGGACGUUCGCUUUAUUUACAAUUCGCAAUAUCACUUUGGUCUGCCAGAUACGCUCGAAUCCGGAACAUUUCCUAAGUCUCACCACUCCAGGCUUGAAAAAUGUCCUAUCAGCUGUACAGAAAUACUACGCUCGGAAACACGCUGCAGGAAACAUUGGACGAGUUGAUUCAGUAUGGCCAAAUAACCCCAGCUCUGGCCGUUCGGGUCUUGAUCCAGUUCGAUAAAUCCAUCAACUCGGCGCUGUCGAAUCGGGUGAAAUCGCGAGUCACCUUCAAAGCGGCCAAACUGAAUACUUACCGGUUCUGCGACAACGUCUGGACCCUUAUGCUGAACGAUGUAGAGUUCCGGGAGGUGCACGAAUUUGCCAAAGUGGACAAGGUCAAGAUUGUGGCAUGCGACGGCAAAAAUGCCCAAAUCGUUGAAGAAUUGGGACGAACGGAUCGAUAGAUCGUACCCAUUCGAAUUUGUCUUCUCCGGAUAUCAACUUGUAUUUCCUACCCUAGAUUAAGAUAAUUUUUCAAAAUAUAGUUAAUUGACAACGUAAGUGGAUCAAAAUAUAGACUUGACAAUGAAAGCGUC